GUUGGCGCAGAGGGCGCUGCAGCACACAACCAUGUCUCUCGUACGACACCUUCCAUCGACAAGGCCUGCCUGGCGUACGCUUGCAGGGGCGCGUCAUUACGUGGAUGGCGAAUUGCUGCCGCCAAAACCACUGCUGCAAUCGAGUUACGCCGCAUUCUCCCGGCAGCCUUCGAUACUGCAAGUGCUUCCGUCUCCUCCGUCAAGAAGAUCGCUCUACGUGCUCCGGCGUUCCGUACGACCUGGUGGUGAUCCUGGUGCGACUAUCGCUUUAAAUGAACACGCGUCUCGCAAGCGCCUACUGGAGGGACGACGUCUUUCUACCCAAAAGACAGGUGACGUCAACAACAACAGCAACAACAACUGCUGGAAGUGCGGCUUGGAGAUAAGCUGGCGAGAGCACUUCUGCAAAUGCGGCGUGAUCCAGCUCCUGGAUGAGCGGCUGGACUACUUCGAGUUGUUCCAGUGCACUCCGUCUGUGUUCUUGGAGCUCAAGGAAGUCGAAAUGCGGUUCAAGAACAUGCAACGCGCUUUCCAUCCGGACCUUUACGCCAGCAAGAGCGAAGAUGAGCGAGAAAUAUCGGCUGCGAACUCAGCGACGGCGAACAAGGCGUACCAGACUCUUGUGCAACCUAUGGCGCGCGUCAAGUAUCUGAUGCGUCUACUGGGAUCGACGGCGUUGGAAAAAGAGGGGGAAGACGACAGGACCUCUGUCCCUAUGGACUUCUUGAUGGAGGUGAUGGAGACGAGGGAAGCCUUGGAGGAGUGUUCGUCCAAGGAAGAAGCGGAGGCUGUGUUGUCGGAAACAAGCGCUGCGGUCGAAGAGUGCUUGAGCGGUAUGGACGAGGUGUUGAAAGCGGGCGGCGGCAAGGACGAGCUCUCCGACGCGGCAGUGCGCCUGAGGUAUCUUUACCGCAUCGAGGACGAGGCUCGGCGCGUCAUGCAUAGGCUAGAGGACAGCCUUGCGGGUCCAACAGCCGGGUAAUCGAUGUGCCUGGCUUUCCAUUGAACGAAACUGGACACGCAGAGGGGCUAUCCGAGCAGUCUAUUAGGGAGAGAGGGAGAUUUGGAAGAAAGUCUCCCAACACCCGGUACGCUGUUGUUUUUCAGAAUGCUGUUGUGAACAAUUACGCACUGCGCACUGGGGGCAGUCUUGAACCAUGCUCAUCCGAAUGUGCACAAAUACGGGUUCACGGGCAAGAAAUCGGCCCUAACAACAAACACGCGUCUAUCUGUUGACCG